AUGUUCAAGCAGGGCGUCAGCCUCACGUCGUCGUCCCCGGCCGUGUUCUACGGCACCGCCGCCUUGGCCGCGUACCUGCUGUCGGACCUGUCAUCGCAGUGGCCCGACAUGUCGGCGCGGUGGCGCGCCUCCGGGUCGCCGCUCACGCUCACCGAGACGGCCGUCACGGUCGGCGGCGCGCCGCCCGCCGACACCAAGCUGUGCUGGGUCGUCACCGCCGUCAUGCUGGUCUUGGCGUUGGUGGAGCACGUCCUCAGCGUCCUGGCCGACCUGGUGCCGCUGCUGGAGUGCGCGGAGCAGGGCGGCGCCUGGGCCGUGUACAAGUCGUUCUUCGUCAACAAAUUCCCCAUGGUGUUCGAGGUCCUCCCCUUCUCGCCGGCCGCCUCCGUCCUGCUGCUGUACCUCAACCUGACGUGCACGUUCCUGUGGAACGUCAUCGACAUCGUGGUCGUCGUCAUCAGCAGCCUGCUGGCCAGCCGCUUCAGGCGCUUCAACCGGUUCCUGGAGAAGGCCAGGGGGAAGGACUUGUCGAAGUUCUGGUGGCAGGAGGUGCGCGAGUCCUACAACCGCCUGGCCGUGGUCACCAAGCACUUCGACGCGCACAUCAACGGCAUCGUGCUGCUCUCUUUCGCCAGCAACCUCUUCUUCAUCUGCCUGCAGCUGCUCCACAACAUGACCAAGCAGAAGAACAACGGCGUGCUCGCGCACCUCUACUUCUACCUGUCCUUCGCCUGGCUGCUGGUGCGCACCGCGGUCGUGUCCAUGAGCGCCGCCAACGUGUACGAGCAGAGCAUGGUCCCCAUCGAGGUGCUGUACUGCGUGCCCUCCAAGAGCUUCUGCGUGGAGGUGCAGCGCUUCCUGGUGCAGGUCACGACGGACACGGUGGCGCUGACGGGGUGCCGCUUUUUCUGGGUCACGCGGUCGCUUAUCCUGACGCUCGUGGGCACGGUCGCGACGUACGAGAUCGUCCUGGUGCAGUUCCACACCGACAAGGGCAAGACGGAGCUAGUGGCCUCGGCCUGCAGUCUGUGACGUCCUCAGGGCUUUACCCGGGACGAGACCACCUCGGCGGCGAUUGCGGGAGAAGAAACGGAACGCCGCGAGGACGGCGAUCGGCAAGCGUGGCAAGCGUCACCGGGCAAGUUGGGUUUUCUGCUGCCGGCAUUCCCAGUCCAUGCCGUCCAGCCGUC